GAUGGGUAUAAAACGUCAUAUUGUAUACUGCCAACUGCUAUUCGGAUGGUUCAUAUUAAACGCAGCGGCUUUUUGGGCGGUAUUCACACCAGCAUUUGCCCAUAUGUUGGAUUUAGGAGAUGCUCUAAUCGAACGAAGAGAAAAGUUUGUUGUCUUUGGCCUAUGGGUAUUGGCCGAGGUCAUUGUCUUCUUUGUUCUACUCGUUACAGCCACCGUUUUAUUAUGCGCGUGCCGAGAUCUUCCAUCAUCCGCUCCUUUGGCCCAUCUCAUAGCCGAUCCGUCAAUUGCUGCUUUGGCAACAAGCCUUUUUGUGGUUGUCAGAGGCAUGCCGAAGGCCACCCAACUACAAAAGUGUACAGCAUUAAAUGGCAGUAGUAGCAGUGACAUUGCUAUUGGCGGAGGGAAUUUGGACGCUUGGUGCUCUCUUGUAUUACAAGGCGGUCAACGGCCAAGGAAUGGUGAAGUUUACUUUUUGCGUCACUGGAUUACUGUAGUCCAACUUGCCGUCCUGCUUCCACCAGCCAUCCGAUUCACUCACUUUCGAUGGCGUAUGAAGUUCGAGCAAUUCGUCGUUACUGCCUUCUGGAAUUUAUUGCACGCCAUUGAUGCAGCGUCCUUUGCCGAAUCGCUCAUCCGUUUCGCCUAUGUCGAUCAAAGUUUGAGCAAUGCGGGCAGAGUGGUCUGUUGUAUGACUGUUUUAAUUAUCUCAAUUGGCAGUAUCUCAGCUGCCAUUCCUCCUAUCUACAGAGGUGAGAAGGCCUUCAUAGGUUACGUGCAAAUUCUAUUGGCUUGUGGAGCUGCCUUACUCGAUCUACCACUAUUUUCGAUACGGUCCUUAUAUCUUUCCCGUUUACCGCCUGCAAAUGGACUGUUUUUCCUUUUUCUUUUUAAAGAGUUUGUAGGGGUUGUUGCCGGUAUUGCUGCUCUCACUUGUACAGGAAUAGAAAGGCUAGCGUCGUCUCAUAAAACUCCUCCACAGGAUGAGUACGAAGCUCUCAUCGACUGCGAGGAAGAAAUGGCCCAUGACGGCUUAGAGGAUAUAGAGGGAGAAGAAGAGGACGAUGAUGAGGAUGAUAUAGAGGAUGACGACUCACUUCUCGAUAAGAUUGUAGAAGAGGAUUACGUUUAG